AUGGCGACCGCCGACCUCAUCAAAAACGUGUUCGGGGACUCCGACUCGGACUCCGACGCGGACGCCGCCGCCCCCGCGGCCGCGGCGAAGCCGACCAAGGCGGAGCUGCGGGCGACCGCCGCGAAGAAGGCCGCGUUCGCCGCCGCGCUCGGGGCGGUCGACGACGACGACGACGACGACGACGCGGGCGGCGACGCGAGCGACGACGACGGCUCGCUGGGCGGCGACGUCGUCGCGGAGAAGCCCGCGUUCCGGAGCUCGCUCGAGGACCCGGACGCGGCGGGAAGCGACUCGGACGACGAGAAGCCGGAGCCCGCGCCGGACUUGCACAUCGACGUCCCGUACAUCGAUCCGAUCCCGGAGGGCGUGACCGCGAAGAUCUUCAAGCAGACCAACGUGUGCCGCGUGGAACCGCAGCCGUACGACCCAAAGACGUUCCAGCUCGAGACGGAGACGAUCACGCACGCGGACGGGACCACGGAGACGCGCCCCGCGGACGUGCACAACGUCAUCCGAUGGCGCCACGUGCUGGACGAGGACGGGAAGCAGGUGAUGGGGGAGGACGGAGAGCCGAAGAUCGAAUCCAACGCCAAGUUCGUGCGUUGGAGCGACGGGAGUCUCACGCUGCACAUCGGCGAGGAGGUGCUGCGCGUGACGGAGACGGACAUGAGCGGGGAGCAUCAGUACGUGUACGCGCGGCACCCCGGGGUGUUGCAAGGGGUGAAGCACAUCGAGUCGCGGUUGCAGAUGGCGCCGAGGAACCUCGACAGCGCGACGCACUCGCGGCUGACGCGGCGCGUCGACGCCAGGCACGUCAAGUCCAAAAAGGUUCAGGCGCGUUCUCCUCACACUGGUUCCCGUACGACCGCGUCGGCGUGGUGA